AUGGGCAAAAGAAAAUCCGAGAGUCUUGUCGAAACUGCGAGCAAUGAACUGAACUCCUCUGAAGAAUUCACUGCUUUUUCCGAUAGGGAGGAAGUGCCGAAUGACCGUUCAGCAAACGGAUACAAGGGGAAACGUCUCUUGGAAGAAGAGGAAGAGGAACAAGAAGAACAACAUCAUGGCAUGAGCGAGGAUGACGAUGACGACGACGAUGACGAAGAUGUUGGAGAUGAGGUCAACGGAGAAAAAAAGCAAAACUCAAGCACUUUAUCAUCACAGCCACCAACUAAGAAGCAAAAGAGACAGCUAACUGCCCAGGAUAUUCAAGUGGCGAGAGAAGCAGCCGAGUUGUUCAAAUCCAACAUCUUUAAACUACAAAUAGACGAGUUGAUGAAAGAAGUCAAAGUCAAGAAACACCACGAAGACAAGAUGGAAAAAGUGUUGCAUCGGUUGCACGAUCUCAUCAAACAGAUACCGCCUGUUGAGGGCUUAUCGCUACAGGACGCAGAGCACUUGUUUAGUCACAAGCGGAUCGCAAUUCCGUUCCCUGACCCUAAGCCAACCAAUGUCAAAUAUUCUUUUGCAUACAAACUUCCAGAAGAGGUUUCCUUGGUGGGUUCGUACGGGUUGAGAACAGGCAUUAACCAGGGCCUGAGCAUAGAAGUGGCAUUGACCAUGCCCAGGGAUAUCUUUCAACCAAAGGAUUAUUUAAACUAUAGAGCAUUAUACAAGAGGGCCUUUUAUUUAGCGUACCUUGCCGAACAUUUACUUCCAUUGACUAAAAAAAACAACUUGCCCGUUAAACUCACCUACCAUUAUCUAAAUGAUGACGUGUUGAACCCCGUCUUGCGAAUCGAAAGCAUACAAACGGAGAAUGCGGAUGACUUGACUUUUUUCAAAACUAAAUACACCAUUAAUUUGAUUGCAUCUUUCCCCUUUGGCAUAUUUGAUUACAAAAAGCUACUCCCGGACAAAAACUGCAUCAGAGUCCAAUCUGAUGCUCAAGAAUUGCCGGCGACUCCAUUAUACAAUUCCAGUAUUAUCACGCAAUCGUCGUAUGAUUUCUACUUGAAAUACUUGUACAUGGCCAAAAAGUCAACAGCAGCUUUCAAAGAGGCGUGUGUUCUCGGCAGACUAUGGCUACAACAACGUGGGUUUAGCUCAUCCUUGAGCAAAGGCGGAUUUGGUCAUUUUGAAUUUGCCAUCCUCGUUAGCGCGUUGCUUAAUGGCGGCGGUGUCAAUGGCAACAAGAUUCUCCUAGCAGGUUUUUCUUCGUACCAAAUGUUUAAAGGAACUAUCCAGUAUUUGGCCAGUACAGAUUUAAACAAAGGUUACUUGUCGUUUUCCUCGCAAGUCGGCGGCGAAAGCGCACCCCCGGCAGGGAAAUACAAAGCCGACGGAUUUAAUGUUCCGACAAUCUUUGAUAAAAACACCAAGCUCAAUGUCUUGUGGAAGAUGACGACAUCUUCCUACCAGGCUUUGCAAAGCAAAGCCGUGCAGACUUUGGCGCUAUUGAAUGAUGUGGUUCGAGAUCGAUUUGAUCCAAUCUUGCUCCAAAACUCGAAAUUCGAACCGAUCAACUACGACUUGGUUCUCACACUCACCAUUCCUGAAGAAGUCCACGAUUUAUUCGGCGCGAUAGAAAAGAUUAAACUCAUCACAUUUGACAAUUUCAUCAAGCGCAAGAUUUACUCGAUAGUGGAGAGGGCCUUGGGUGCUCGGGCAUCGCUUAUCGUUGUUGAAAACGAGAAACCAGUUUUUUCAUUUGCCAUCAGCAAAAGGAAGCCCGUGCAACUGAGCGAUAGUUACUUUAUCGGGUUGCAGUUGAACCCAGAAGAGGCGGACAAACUAGUCACGAGGGGACCCGAUAACGAAGAUAAAGAGGCCGGCUCUAAAUUUCGAUCAUUCUGGGGCCAAAAGGCGUCGUUGAGAAGAUUUAAAGACGGAACGAUUCAACAUUGUGUUGUUUGGUCUAUUACCGCGAGAGAACCGCUCGCGGUACCCAUCAUCAAAUAUGCUCUCGACUUGCACUUGCUGCCCGAGAUGUCACAAUACAUUUGCACCGAGUGCGGAGAAUUCGAGCAGAGACUACCAGUUCCUUUGCUCCCGACUGCGGCCAACCAAGUUACCAACUCACUCACGAGUUUCACUAAUCUCAAAACCUCAUUUGAUAAUUUAUCUAAAAAACUUGUAUAUAUGAAGUUGCCACUUACGGUAAAGUCGGUGUUACCGGCGUCGGUGGCGCUCAGGUACUCGUCAGCAUUGCAGCCUGUGCCGUUUGCCGUGUCAAGCCCGGACUAUUGGAACGACUGCAUUAUCCAGUUUGAAGUUUCCACCAGAUGGCCCGACGAAAUAAGUGCCUUGGAAAAAGUCAAGAGCGCGUUUUUGCUCAAGAUUCAUGAAGCCAUGAAGAACUCUGGCUACACCACAUUCCUCACAAAGAGCCAUUGUGUUCCAUUUAAUCAGGACACGUGCGCGCUCAACAUUCUAACCCCUGAAGGAUACGGCUUCAGAUUAAGGGUUUUAACAGAGAGAGACGAGAUAUUGUACCUCAGGGCCGUCUCUAAUGCCGAUAAGCAAAAGGCGCUAGUCCAAGACAUCUACUUGAGCUUUGUUCGCCAGUACCAAGGGUCUGUCAAGCAUACAAGAACCGUGUCCCAGCUCGCGCAGCACUUUCAAUACUAUACACCAGUUGUGAGGUUGUUCAAGUUAUGGUUGGAUUCUCAGUUGUUGCUAUGUCAUUUCAGCGAGGAGCUCGUGGAGUUGCUCGUCUUGAAAUCAUUUGUCGACCCAGCGCCAUACGACAUUCCCCACUCUGUUGAGAAUGGGUUUUUGCAAACUCUUUGCUUUUUGGCCAAUUGGAACUGGAAAGAAGUGCCGUUGAUUCUAGACUUGGUCAAGAGCACGGCCGACGAAGACGCGAAAUUGAGUGACAAGUUAUCGAUCCAGGCGUACAGGGUCAUUGAAGACAAUUUCAACAAACUCAGACAAAGCGACCCCUCGGGGAUCAAGACCCAGUUUUUCAUCGGCACCAAGGACGACCCUUCGGGAAUAUUGUGGUCCAGCAACCUCACGUUACCGAUUGCCACGAGACUCACGGGGCUUUCGAGAGUUGCCGUUAGUUUGUUGAAAGCCCAAGGGAUCAACCACUCUAAUAUGGAACUUCUUUUCACGCCCGCGUUGCAAGAUUACGACUUUACCAUUCGCACUAGAGCUCAGGAUCUCACCACCUCGUCAGGCGUGCUACCACCCAAUUCAUUCAAGAACUUGGUCCAGCCAUUGACAUCGUACCCUAGUGAUAUCGAGUCCAAGUACGAUUUGGUCCAGGCUUACGUUGCAGAUUUGAAUGAAAAGUUUGGCAACUGCAUAAUCUUCUCGGUCAAGAAAUUCACCAGCUUAUGCCCAAAGAACGAAAAUGUCAUUGGCGGUUUGUUUGUCCCCGCGUCGUUGACCAAGCGGAAAUUCAGAGUCAACCUGGGCUUAAAUGUGCAACCUGCCGAAUCCGAAAACGAUGACGAAGUCGUGCUCAACAAGGGAGCAGUUUUCGAUGAGAUUAAACUUAUGGGAGGCGAAUUGGUGACAGAGCUUGAUAUCCGUAAAUAG